UGAUCGUUGCUAGCUUGACAUUGCAGUAAAGGCUCAGGUUCAUGAAUGUAACCGGUUGUGUUAUGAGGGAAAUCCCCAAGUUAAUCAUUUAACAGUUUCUUAUAAUGGGAUUUUAUUUUAAUAUAACGCAAUGACGAGCAAAUAAUACAUUUUAAGCUCUCUGAAGUGUUUAGCUUCCAUCGCAGAGGGGGAAAUGAAGACGCUAACGUUUAUAACGUUGAUUGACAAGUGCGGCACUCAAAGCCCCCCGUUUCCGUUGAUGUCCAAAGAUCCCGCCUCCAAGGAGAAACACACCUAUCAGUGAUCGUUAUGGAGGAUGAUGGACGUCCCCACAGCCAAUCAGAGCCAGACACCCUGUCAGCCGUGGGCGGGCCAGAACGGCUGGUCCCCAGCUUCACCUCAAGAACCCCCCUGCAACCCUCUGCCCAGCUUUCAUCAUCUCAACCUGGGCUCGCCUUCUGACCAGAUACCCUGCUAUGACCACCUGCAGGCAUCCAACCAGGGCGACCUCACCACCUUUUCAUCAUACAAUACUCAUCUCAGCACGAUAUAUGCUAAUAAUGCUGAUCAGAGUGUGCAGCGAAUCUUUCCUGAUGCUCAUGCUUCAUCCAUAGUUCCAGCUGCAAGCCAUGGGAGAAAUAUACCUCCAUGUUCUCUCCCUCUUCUGAACAAAGGGACGCAGCCUUGCAAGCCUCAGCAAAUGCCAAUUAUCUCCCCUCACAGCCCUUACCAAGCAAUAUGUUCUCCUUUCCAGCCUCCGUACACACACCAGGAUUCACUAAAUGGACCUCAGUCACCACAUCAAAAACAUCUGCCCAUCAGCUCUCCAUCAUUUGGACAAUGUGUAAACCAGAGUCCACAGUGUACACCUCAGCCUGCAUUUGAGAGGGCAAAUGUGGAGUCCUCUGUUGGAUACACCCACAAUCAUGCCCCGCCCUCCUCUCCUAUCCAACAGCAACCUCAGUGGACACUUUCACCAGACUCUAAAGGAACCAUAAACGAGUUUGUUCCUAAUGCAGCUGUACAGGACAGGAACAUCACACCACAGUCUCCUAACUCUGAGUCUCGUUAUGGCCUGGACCCAGAGCUCCUGCCCAGUGCUGUGAAGGUGAUUGCAGAGGACAGGGCAGAGUGGGAGGGCAAGGUCUUCGUCUCAGAGCCUUUUUCCCGUCUUCCUCCUCUCGCAACUACUUCCUGUAUCAUAGAGGACAGGGGUAAUGCGAGUCCUUUUGCCAUCCGCUCCGCCUCGUACUGUGUGCCCUGUGAAGGUCAGACUGCCCUGCUCAGCUGUCUGCCGCUGGGAGCACUGGUCACCCCUCUGGCAAAACAAACUGCUGAAGAGAAGCCCCUGCCAGUGUGCAAAGAGCCAGAGUGUGUUUUGGGUUGUGGUUGGUGCGGAGCCUCCAUGUGCCCGGCGAUGGGCUGGCAGGACUGUGGUCAGAGGUUUUACUGCCCCUUCUGUGGUAAACUCAGUGAAGUGCCGUGGCAACACUACCAGCCCACGAAAGGGGUGGAGGGGGUUCGGGUGGAUAAAGACAAGAGGCCUGAACUCAGUAUGGGGUCAUAUGAGAUCCUCAGUUCUCAGAAGGGUGAACCUGCUGCGCUGCUUCUAGCCAUAGAUGUCUCUGCCUCAGCACUGAGAGGAGGACAUUUGGAGUUUGCAACGCAACAAAUACUCACUCUACUCACCUCUCUGUCGAGGGAGGAUGGUGAUGCCAUGUCUGACGUCCGUGUUGGUUUGAUGACGUAUGACAGCAGGAUCCACCUGUACGACCUCAGCCCCGCCCUGUCCCGCCCACACAUGCUGGUCAUCACAGAGACAGAAGACCUGCAGCUUCCUGUGAGGGAGGGGCUUCUGGUGUCCCUGAAAAACAGUAUAGAGUGUAUCGACAGUGUGUUGCAGCUUAUUCCUCAGUUUAGUCCAGAGUGUGAUGACUCUAGUGGAGUUCCCAUGGAGCUGCCUGUCAAAGCAGGGCUAGCCGUACUGCAGGCCCUGAGUUGUCCUGGCAAGCUGCUGAUCUUCCAUACUGCCCCUCUGAUAGAGAUGGGACACGCAAAGUCAUCCUCAGGGUUCUUUGGCUCCAACAAACCAAAGUCCAUCUUUCAGCCGUCAGAGCUAGCCGUCUCAUUGGCCAAGGAGUGCGUCAGUCAGGGCUGCGGUGUUCACCUGUUUGUCCUCUCCCAGCAAGACGUGGGUGGGGCUUGGCCGGGGCACAUUCCAUAUCUAACAGGUGGAGCUCUGUACACCUACAACCACCUCCAGGGAGAAUUGGACAGAGAGCGUUUCAGCACUGAUCUAAAGAGGAUUGUAGAGACGGACACGGGCUACAAGGCUGAGCUCAGGAUUUUUGUCAGCAAAGAUUUGCGUGUGUCCGGCUGUUAUGGACUUUUUAUCCCUGGGCCUAGCCCCGGCCAGGUCCCCAUGGCGACUCUUGAUUGGUUUACAACACUGGCUGUGGAGCUUGCACACACCAGAGCUCUGGAUGAGACGAGAGGUGUAGCCAUACAGGCUGUAUUGUCUUACAGCACCCAGACAGGAGACAGGAGGACCAGGGUUCACACUCUGACCCUACGAUGCUCACAUCACCUACAGGACACUUUCCGGCAGUAUCAGGCCCAAACACUACUCACCUUCUACUGCAAAAAAAUUUACUGUGCGGCGUUGGAGCGUCCUCUACAGGAGCUGAGGGAGGAACUGCAGACGGAGGCAACAGAAGCACUGGCAUCCUACCGCAAACACUGCUGCUCUGCUUCAGUGUCUGCUGGACAGCUGGUCCUCCCUCAGUACCUGCGAGCUCUCCCUGUUUAUAUCAACAGUCUGAGGAAGAGCGAGGUGCUGCUGCCCGGCCUGAGGAGCUCCGUCCACCAGCGGCUGCAGCAGCGUUGCCAGGUGCUCAGCAUGGACGCCUGCAGCACCUCCACACACUUCUACCCUCUGCUGCUGCCUUUGCCGCUGUCAGUUGACAGCUCCAACUCUCCAAACUCAGAGGAGGCACUGCGCUGCUGUGCCGCCAGCCUAGAGCCCACAGGUCUGUAUUUGGUUCAUGCACCCCUCACCCUGCUGCUCUGGGUGGGCACCCAAGUCCCAGUAUGCACCCUGGUCAAGCUCUUCAACGCCAGCUGCUUCUCCUCCCUGCCCUCUGGAGAGACCAAGCUGCCAGUUCUUGAAAACCCUCUGUCGGUCAGCGUUCGAUCCCUCAUCAACACACUGAACUCCCAGACGCCCUGCGCCCGCAAGCUGUGGGUGGUGAAGCAGGGCGACACCUGCGAGGAGGCCCUGCAGCGCCACCUGGUGGAGGACAAGAGUCCCAACGGAGGAGCGUCCUAUGCAGACUUCCUCUACCAUCUCCACGUCAAUUCUGUCCGGCUUCUGCAGUGACUUCACACACACACACACACACACACACACACACACACACACACACACACACA